AUACGUGACAUUAGUCGAGCAUCAAAGCCCAUCAAACCAAAAGAAAAUCAACGGCAAAGAUCGAUUGAUUCUUCAGGAAUUCGGCGUUAACAUUGACUCUCAAACAACCCUCACUCACAAGUCACAACAAGUCACACCCACAAUUAUUCUCUCUUUCUCUUCAAAUUUCUGGGUUUAUUUUCCCAGAAAACCAAAUCUCAUCAAUCAAUCACUUUAAUUUGUGAUUCUCUCUCAUCUUAAUCGAAAAGAGAGAGAUUGAAGAUCAUACAACCUAAAAAUGGCGAGUGGAAGUGUGAAAAAUGCGGGGUCUAAAGCAGAGGUUGAUAAGGCGGUGAGCGAGGGUAAUCCUGUCAUUUUACAUUUCUGGGCGACUUGGUGUGAAGCCUCCAAACACAUGGACCAAGUUUUCUCUCACCUUUCCACUGAUUUUCCUCAUGCCCAUUUCUUCAGGGUUGAAGCCGAGGAGCAACCAGAGAUAUCUGAGGCUUUUUCUGUUUCUGCUGUGCCUUACUUCGUCUUUUUUAAGGGUGGCAAGGCUGUCGAUACAUUGGAGGGAGCAGAUCCAUCCAGCUUGGCUAACAAAGUUGCCAAAGUUGCUGGAUCAGUCAAUCCUGAUGAACCUGCUGCACCUGCCAGUCUUGGUUUGGCUGCUGGAGCCACUGUCCUAGAAACAGUGAAAGAAUUUGCUAAAUAUGAUAGGGAAGUUCCAGUGGGCAAUCAGACUGGUCGCAGUGAUGAUCUUAACAAGAAACUACGGCAGUUGAUUAAUUCUCAUCCAGUUAUGCUAUUCAUGAAAGGAACCCCAGAAGAGCCAAAAUGUGGAUUCAGCCAGAAAGUUGUUAAUAUUUUGAAUGAAGAGAAACUCCAGUUUGGAAGCUUUGAUAUCCUAACUGACCAAGAAGUUAGAGAUGGGUUGAAGAAAUUCUCCAAUUGGCCAACAUAUCCUCAGCUGUACUGCAAAGGUGAACUUAUUGGUGGAUGUGAUAUAGUCAUUUCUAUGCAUGAGGGUGAUGAGCUGAAAUACAUUUUCAGUGAUCAUGAGAUAGAUUCCACUAAUGUCAUUGACGAGAAAUUAUCUGAAUCAGGAAGUGGAAAGGGGGGUGUAUCAGCAUCGACUGGCUUAAGUUCAUCUGUUACUUCUCGCCUUGUAAGCCUCAUCAACUCGAGUCCUGUUAUGGUUUUCAUGAAAGGUACACCAGAAGAACCAAAGUGUGGUUUCAGCCGAAAAGUCCUUGACAUUCUUGAGCAAGAAAAGGUGGAAUAUAAGAGUUUUGAUGUCUUAACUGAUACCGAAGUUCGUCAAGGUCUCAAGGUUCAUUCAAAUUGGUCCAGCUAUCCCCAGCUAUACAUUAAGGGUGAACUCAUUGGUGGGUCAGAUGUUGUAUUGGAGAUGCAGAAAAGUGGUGAGCUCAGGAGGGUUUUGGCUGAUAAAGGGGUCAUUAUUCCUCAUGAAACACUUGAUGAUCGUCUGACUAAAUUGGUCAGCAGUUCACCUGUUAUGCUUUUCAUGAAGGGCACCCCUGAUGCUCCUAAAUGUGGUUUCAGCUCCAAAGUGGUGAAUGCCUUGACAGAUGAAGGUGUGACAUUUGGAUCUUUUGAUAUUCUGAGUGACGAUGCAGUUAGACAGGGGCUGAAGACGUUUUCUAAUUGGCCUACUUAUCCCCAACUUUACUACAAAGGUGAGCUGAUUGGAGGUUGUGAUAUCAUUUUGGAGAUGAAGAACAAUGGAGAGCUUAAAUCAAUCUUUUCAGAGUAGGUACUAUGAUGUGAAUUUGCAGGAUGUCGAAAAUAACAUCAGUCAGCAACUUGAUUGCACAGUAGUCUUACAUAUUGAUUUAUGGCCAAAUGUGAUUUUUUCUACACCAUACAGGUUCAAGAGUUUCGCGGUGUAGUUGACGUUUAUGUUUUUGGCUUUUUUAGUCUGAGGUUGCUCUCUUUGUAGUUGUUUGGUGGUGAUAGUUUCAAGGGUACGAGUAGAUCUGUCAUUACAUGGAGUAUUAGGCUAGAGUUAUAUGUACAACUGCUUUUCUAGUCUUAAAGUUUUCGCUGUUUUGAGAGAAUGGUAUCACACACUUUGGGUCGUUUAUGAGAAACUAAUUACUUACGAGUUGGAUUGGAUAAAUAUGCACUGCUUUUGUUUCAUAA